AUGCCUGUUGAUACAAGAACUGACGUUAUCGAUUUGGUGGGUAACACACCACUGAUCGAGUUGAAAACUCUGCCCAAGGCCCUCGGUAUUAAACCAAAGGUCUAUGCCAAAUUAGAGCUUUAUAACCCAGGUGGUUCCAUUAAGGAUCGUAUUGCUAAGUCUAUGAUCGAAUAUGCUGAAUCUACCGGCGAAAUCCAUCCUGAUAGAACUACUUUGAUCGAACCAACUUCUGGUAACACUGGUAUCGGAUUGGCGCUAAUCGGUGCUAUCAAGGGUUACAGAACUAUCAUUACAUUACCUGAAAAGAUGUCAAAUGAAAAGGUGUCUGUGCUAAAGGCUCUAGGUGCUGAAAUCGUUCGUACUCCUACCGAAGCCGCUUGGGAUUCACCAGAAUCUCACAUCGGUGUUGCACAAAGAUUAGAGAAGGAGAUUCCAGGUGCUGUCAUCUUAGAUCAAUACAGCAAUCCAAGAAACCCUGAAGCACACUACUACGGUACUGCUAAAGAAAUUCAAGAACAGUUACAACACUUGAAAGAAUUCAAAAACUUGAGAGCUGUUAUUGCAGGUGCAGGUACUGGUGGUACCAUCACAGGUAUUUCUAGAUACUUGAAAGAGCAGGAUGAAAAGAUUGACAUUGUGGGUGCGGACCCAUUUGGCUCCAUUUUGGCUCAACCAGAAUCCUUAAACAAGACUGAUGUCAGCGGAUACAAAGUGGAAGGUAUUGGUUACGAUUUCGUUCCUCAAGUAUUGAACAGAAAAGAAGUGGACACUUGGUACAAAACUGAUGAUAAGGCCAGUUUCAUCUAUGCACGUCAAUUGAUCUCUAACGAAGGUGUUCUCGUCGGUGGUUCCUCAGGUAGCGCAUUCUCUGCACUUGUUAAAUACAAUAAUGACCAUCCUGAAUUAACUGAAGACGAUGUCCUUGUUGCGGUUUUCCCUGAUUCUAUCAGAUCUUAUUUGACCAAAUUUGUUGAUGACGAAUGGUUAAAGAGAAACGAUUUAUGGAGUGAUGACGUGAUUGCUCGUGUUGGUGGCAAGGGAUCCUCUAAAUAUGAUAGAAAGGAUCCAUUCCAUGGUGCUACUGUUCAAGAUUUGAAACUAAAACCAGUAGUUUCUGUUAAAGAAAGCGCUGUCGUUGCCGAUGUUAUCCAAAUCUUGAGGGAAAAUGCAUUUGAUCAACUACCAGUUCUUACUGAAGACGGCAGAUUGACCGGAAUGGUUACUUUGUCUCAAUUGUUAAAGAAACUUUCGAAUGGUUCCGCUACUAAAGAGGAUAAGAUGAAAUCAUUAUACAUUGAUUUCAGAAGGCUCAAGAAUUUUGAUGACGUUUCUUCCUACAAUGAAAACAAAACUGGUAAGAAGAAGUUUGUCCAGUUCACCAAAGCUUCUAAGCUGGCAGAUUUAAACGGUUUCUUUGAAAGAAACUCUAGUGCAGUCAUCACUGAAGGUUCUAAACCAAUUCACAUCGUGACUAAAAUCGAUUUACUCGACUAUUUAAUCUAA